AUGGCUCACCCCGAGGAUGGCAGAGAUGAUGCAAAGGAAUGGGAGCUUCCAGCAAAGAUGAUAGCUAGCAUGGAGACGGGCAACAGGUCCUCGUCAAAUGAAAAGCCCACGACUGCUCUUGCGUCUCUCAAAAGGAAGAACAGAGAUCAUGGCACAGAUUUGUCUAUGGAUAUGGUUAAGACGAAGCGUCAAUGUCAAGAUCGCCUACAGGUCCUCGUGGAGAAGCGAGCGAGGAAGAAUGCCGAGGCACUCCACGAAGUGCAGAAAGUCCAACAGACCUGA